GGACCGUGAGAUUCCGGCUCCCGCAGUGGCCCUUUAAAAGGCAGUGCCUCGUCCGGAGGGGGCGGGCAAGGGGCGCUGACCACUGCCCGAGGCCGGCGCCCCUCCCUUCCCCCCACCCCUCCCUCCAUUGGAUCCCUCCCUCGGUCCCGGCGUAGGUCGGCCGCUCGCCGGGCGCACGCUCCGCCUCUAUCACUUGGCUCCGCUGUCUAGUGCGCGGCGUGGAGAAGGAGCCGGGCUGGACGCGCGGCCGGGGCUGGGGCUGGGAGCGCCGCGCGCACAGCCUCCCCGCGCGAGAUCGGCGCCCGCCGCCCGGCUAGGCCUGCGCCGCGAUGGCAGAGAUGGGCAGCAAGGGGGUGACGGCGGGGAAGAUCGCCAGCAACGUGCAGAAGAAGCUCACCCGAGCGCAGGAGAAGGUCCUCCAGAAACUGGGGAAAGCAGAUGAAACAAAGGAUGAGCAGUUUGAACAGUGUGUCCAGAACUUCAACAAGCAGCUGACUGAGGGCACCCGGCUGCAGAAGGAUCUCCGGACCUACCUGGCCUCUGUCAAAGCUAUGCAUGAGGCAUCCAAGAAGCUGAACGAGUGUCUGCAGGAGGUAUAUGAGCCCGACUGGCCCGGCAGGGAUGAGGCAAACAAAAUUGCAGAGAACAGUGACCUGCUGUGGAUGGAUUACCACCAAAAGUUGGUGGACCAGGCACUGCUGACCAUGGACACGUACCUGGGCCAGUUCCCUGACAUCAAGUCACGCAUUGCCAAGCGGGGGCGCAAGCUGGUGGACUAUGACAGUGCCCGGCACCACUUCGAGUCCCUUCAAACUGCCAAAAAAAAGGAUGAAGCCAAAAUUGCAAAGGCUGAGGAGGAGCUCAUCAAAGCCCAGAAGGUGUUUGAGGAGAUGAAUGUGGAUCUUCAGGAAGAGUUGCCCUCCCUGUGGAACAGCCGUGUGGGUUUCUAUGUCAAUACGUUUCAGAGCAUUGCAGGCCUGGAGGAGAACUUCCACAAGGAGAUGAGUAAGCUCAACCAGAACCUCAACGACGUGCUGGUCAGCCUGGAGAAGCAGCACGGGAGCAACACCUUCACAGUCAAGGCCCAGCCCAGUGAUGACACCCUUGCAAAAGGAAACAAGAGUCCCUCACCUCCGCCUGAUGGCUCCCCUGCUGCCACCCCUGAGAUCAGAGUCAACCAUGAGCCAGAGCUGGCUGGUGGGGCCACCCCGGGGGCCACUCUCCCCAAGUCCCCAUCUCAGCUUCGGAAAGGCCCACCAGUCCCUCCGCCUCCCAAACACACCCCGUCCAAGGAGGUCAAGCAGGAGCAGAUCCUCAGCCUGUUUGAGGACACCUUUGUCCCUGAGAUCAGCGUGACCACCCCCUCCCAGUUCGAAGCCCCAGGGCCUUUUUCGGAGCAGGCCAGUCUUCUGGACUUGGACUUUGACUCCCUUCCACCUGUGGCAAGCCCUGUGAAGGCACCCACGCCCUCUGGUCAGCCAAUUCCGUGGGACCUCUGGGAGCCCACAGAGGGUCCAGAUGGCAGCUUGCCUUCCGGGGAGCCCAGCGCUGCCGAGGGCACCUUUGCUGUGUCCUGGCCCAGCCAGUCGGCCGAGCCGGGGCCUGCUCAACCAGCAGAGGCCACGGAGGUGGCGGGUGGGACCCAACCUGCGGCUGGAGCCCAGGAGCCCGGGGAGACAGCGGCAAGUGAAGCAGCUUCCAGUUCUCUUCCUGCUGUUGUGGUGGAGACCUUCCCAGCAACUGUGAACGGCACCGUGGAGGCUGGCAGUGGGACUGGACGCUUGGACCUGCCCCCCGGGUUUAUGUUCAAGGUACAGGCCCAGCAUGACUAUACAGCCACCGACACAGACGAGCUGCAACUCAAGGCUGGUGAUGUGGUGCUGGUGAUCCCCUUCCAGAACCCUGAAGAGCAGGAUGAAGGCUGGCUCAUGGGCGUGAAGGAGAGCGACUGGAACCAGCACAAGGAGCUGGAGAAGUGCCGGGGCGUCUUCCCUGAGAACUUCACUGAGCGGGUGCAGUGACGAAGAACACCUCUUCCCGAAAAAUGUGUGGUUCUUUUUAUUUUUUUUCCGUUUUUGUUUUUAAACUUUUGAAAAACAAAGGGAAAUCAAGAGGAGAGACCUAAACCGAUAGGUGUUCUCCCAAAGAUCAGGUGGUUUUCCAAAAGCCCCAUCCCAGCAAGUCCGGUGGAAUUCGCCAGUGUUCCUGAAGCUGCUGUGUCCCCUAGUUGAGUUCCUGGCACCCCGCCUAUGCCCGCAUGUGUGCCCGGUCGCAGGGCGGAGCUGGGGCUGCCCAGCCACAUGCUUGCCUAGAGCUUCGGCCGUGGCACCUGGGCAAGGGUCCUCUGUUCCGGCAGCUGCUGUGGGUGGGGCCCAGACACCCAGCCUGGCCCUGCCCCGCAGACGGUCUGUGUGCUGUUUGAAAAUAAAUCUUAGUGUUCAAAACAAAAUGAAACAAAACACUGACAGAAACACUCAGAAAA